AUGAAAAUCUAUUACAUUGGUGUCCUAAGAAAUACCACGGAAAAGGCUCUUGAGCUUACGUCCGUCAAGGACUUGUCACAAUUUGGCUUUUUUGAAAGAAGCGGAGUGGCCCAGUUCAUGACCUUUUUCUCGGAAACCGUGGCAGCCCGGACCUCCGCUGGCCAGAGGCAAAGUAUCGAAGAGGGCAACUACAUAGGCCACGUAUACAGCAGAUCAGAAGGAUGCUGUGGCGUGCUCAUCACCGACAAAGAAUACCCUGUGAGACCUGCCUACACAUUGCUCAAUAAAAUCCUUGAUGAGUACCUGGUGGCUCAUCCUCCCGUGGAAUGGAAAGACAUAGCUGCUGCCAACGAUAGCCUGGGUUUGAAAGAAUUGGACACUUACAUUGCUAAGUACCAGGACCCAUCACAAGCCGAUUCCAUUAUGCGGGUGCAACAGGAAUUGGACGAAACUAAGAUCGUGCUGCAUAAGACAAUUGAGUCCGUUUUGCAAAGAGGUGAAAAACUAGACAAUCUUGUCGAUAAGUCUGAGAGCCUGUCAGCCAGUUCACGCAUGUUUUACAAGCAAGCCAAAAGGACUAAUUCGUGCUGUUUAAUAAUGUAA